UGCGGGCCGGCGCGCGCGUCGCGCCUGGCGCGCACCAAGUACAACAACUUCGACGUGUACGUGCGGGCGCGCUGGCUGUACGGCUUCAUCCGCUUCCUGCUCUACUUCAGCUGCAGCCUCUUCACCGCCGCGCUCUGGGGCGCGCUGGCCGCCCUCUUCUGCCUGCAGUACCUGGGCGUGCGCGUCCUGCUGCGCUUCCAGCGCAAGCUGUCGGUGCUGCUGCUGCUGCUGGGCCGCCGGCGCGUGGACUUCCGCCUCCUGAACGAGCUGCUGGUCUACGGCAUCCACGUGACCAUGCUGUUGGUCGGGGGUCUGGGCUGGUGCUUCAUGGUCUUCGUGGACAUCCAGCUCUGGCGGACGAUUGUCACCCUGAGGUCAGUGGGAAGGCUCCUCUGGAAGGUGCGGACGGCGGGUGAGGAGCUACCUGCGUGGACCCCACUUCUCAGCGCUGCAGAGAACCUUUUGCACUAAAUCAUGCUGUUUCCUAAAAGCUUUGUUUGUGUUGAUUAUCCCACGUUUCUCAGACCCUCCGAAGCCCCCCUCGCUGAGGCGGCAGGAGGGGUCUGGCUGUGCCUCCUCGAGUCUCAGAGUGGCGGGGCCAGGAGUUAGGAUGCUCACCAUGAAGCUGCUUGGUGUCUCGAGUGCCUGUUAAAUUCUUAAGAAACGAGCCACCUGCAUUAAACUUAUUUUUUUAACAUGUUAA